UUGUAAUGGCAUCGCCCAUCGCCCGCAAUGCAUUGUGGGUAUCUUACAUUGGCUUGGCGUCAUCAAAAUGGCGACUUCCUUGGGUGCAAAUACGUACAACCGGCAAAACUGGGAAGAUUCGGAGUUCCCUAUUCUGUGCCAGACAUGUCUAGGAGAUAACCCCUACAUACGGAUGACAAAGGAGAAGUAUGGAAAAGAAUGCAAGAUCUGCCAGCGCCCCUUCACAGUGUUCCGGUGGUGUCCGGGAGCGAGGAUGAGGUUUAAGAAGACGGAGGUGUGUCAGACAUGCAGCAAGCUGAAGAACGUCUGCCAGACAUGUCUGCUGGAUCUGGAGUAUGGUUUGCCAGUGGAGGUGCGUGAUCGUGCCCUACAGCUGAAGGAUGAUGUCCCCAAGUCUGACGUCAACAAGGAAUACUAUACACAGAACAUGGAGAGGGAGAUUGCCAACACAGAUGGCUCCAAAGCUGUGGGACAGUUAGGGAAGGCCCAGGCCCCCAGUGACAUGUUACUGAAGCUGGCCCGCACCACGCCCUACUACAAGAGGAACCGCCCUCACAUCUGUUCCUUCUGGGUCAAAGGUGAAUGUAAGAGAGGAGAGGAGUGUCCAUACAGGCACGAGAAGCCAACAGACCCGGAUGACCCCUUGGCAGACCAGAACAUCAAGGACCGCUACUAUGGGGUCAAUGACCCGGUGGCUUACAAACUGCUGAAGAGAUAUGACAACAUGCCAUCUCUGAAGCCACCCGAGGACCGUUCCAUUACAACUCUGUACAUAGGGGGGCUGGGGGAUAAGAUCACUGAACAGGAUCUUAGGGAUCAUUUUUACCAGUUUGGUGAAAUCAGGUCGAUCACUAUGGUUGCUAGGCAACAGUGUGCGUUUAUCCAGUUCACAUCGCGGCCCGCAGCGGAGAUGGCGGCAGAGAGAACCUUCAACAAACUCAUCAUCAACGGGCGCCGGCUCAGCGUCAGGUGGGGUCGCUCUCAGGCCCAGGGGAAGGACAAGAAGCCAGGAGAGCACUCGGAGCUGGACAUGAGUCUGGCACCAGUACCUGGGCUACCUGGGGCUCUGCCACUACCCCCUGGUGAGGUGACCGUGUCGACUCCCAACUACUUCAACCUACCCCCGCAGCCCCAGCCCCCUCCCAGCUCAGGCCAGAUGCUGCCACCCCCUCCACUGGGCAUGCCACCCCCCUUACCACCAGGCAUGGCACCACCAGGAAUGCCUCCGCGCCCGUUGAUGCCAGGUUUCCGAGGACCUCCUCCUGGCCUCCGACCACCCGGCUUCCAGCCGCCUCCCAUGAUGCCGCAAGGCCAGGCUCCGCCCCCCAUGCGAGGCCCCGCCCCUAUCCACUACCCCUCCCAGGACCCCCAGAGGAUGGGCUCUCAAGCACAGCAGCCCCCCGCACCAACCCAACCCCCUCCCAAGAACUAGAUCGCUGUAGGUCACAAUAAUUAAGGUGUUAGCUAUUGACUUUUCAUACUGGUCGGUUGAAUCUGGAAGAAUAAGGCCUAAUGUUUGCAGUGUAUUAUAUGUUACUCUGCACUUGACUGCAAUGGCACAAAAUGUAGGAAGACAUUUACUUAAUUUCUAGUAUUGUGUUUUUUGUAAGUUUCCUUGAUAUUAUGUGCUUCAAACCAAAAGUCUAGCAUAGGCUUGCAUGCACUUUUUGAUAUGGUGUACAGUGUACAUUGUUUUGGGAGAUGUUGAAGAAUCAAAAGCAAGGGCACUAAACUGGUCUUUCCCCAUGUUUAGGUAUAGAACAUCAGACUUCUAGUUUUGUGACUGAACACAUCAAUGCUUGACCUAUGGAUAUGGUGGUUUUAGGCAGUAUGUUGGCUUUGUGUUUUUGACCUUUAGUAUGCUAUGAGCCAUGAUUGUGUUGCUAAGAAAGUAUAGCCGUACGUCUCAUUAUUUCUUAAAACAGAAAGAGAAGGGAUCAAUUUUUAGUUGGAACCGACAGUAUUUCCUAUAUCUGUAUUUGCUGAUGUUAUACUAUUAGUACAUGUGUAAUAAACUUUAGGCCUGUUAUUGCUAUUUACGAACUGUAGAAUAACACUAAGAAAAGGGCAUUUUAACCUGUCUCAGAAAUGCCAAUUUUGUACAAGAUAGACUAUGGUUAAAGCAUUUGUCUUUCUUCACUGUGUACAGUCAACAGAACUAACAUAAACAUCACAGAGCACA